AUGGUUCGACUUGCUCUGGUCGCCGCUAUCCUGGCAUGGACGGUCUACCCGGCCAUUGGGGGACCACCCUUGAAUGUAUCAUUCCCUCCGCAGCCGCCAGCAGACGCUCUCGCCAACAUCAUUAACGACAACUACCUCGGGAUUUCGUACGAGCUCAGUUCAUUUGACACGCUAUGGGGUCAGUCCGUAAACAGACAACCCACGGCCAUGCAAAACUAUAUGAGCAACAUUGCUGCGCGUAUGUCACUGCCUUUGAAUAUUAGGAUAGGAGGAAACGGCAUGGAUGGGUCCACCUAUGUGCCGACCCAGACGACCAUCAUUGAGCACACCGACCCUAAUGCAUACUUCAACGACAUACCUGUGAACUUUGGCCCAGGUUUCUUCGACAUAUUGAACGGAAUGGCGGACAAAGUUGGACCGAUGCGUUUUACGAUUGGUUUGAGCAUGAGGUUUCCCGAGGACUUGACUAACGUCGCUACACUCGGCGUCGCUGCUCGCGAGAAGUUAGGAGACAGGCUAGAGGCGCUAAUGCUGGGAAAUGAACCAGACCUUUAUGCUGGACAUGGCGAAAAAGAAACGUAUGACAUUGAAACCUAUAUCACUGAAAUUGGUUCGGCCCUCGACGCGUUAGAGCAAGCCGGUGCUAUCACAGAUGUGCCAAUCGUUGGAGGACCAACUAUCUGCUGCGGAUGGAAACUCAAGGACAUCCUAGACGCUGGUUUAGACAGGUAUCCCCAGUACAAGUUCUAUUCGGUCCAAAGAUACCCGAACCAUGCAUGUGGCGGCGUAAAUGCGAAGAAUACGAACAUAACUUACUACGUCACCCAUUCCAAUUUGGAGGACUAUCUCAAUUGGCAACGGGAUGGAAUACUGCGUGCACAGGAAAUCGGUAUUCCGGUGAUCAUGUCAGAAUAUAACAACAUUGCUUGUGGAGGAACCAACAUAUCGUCGACGUUCGCAAUGUCCCUCUGGUCUGUCGAUGUUGGUCUGAAGGCUGCCACCAUGAACUACAGCUCCAUCUAUAUCCACACGCGAGAGUUCAACAUUCAAUACAACCUCUUCGACCCACCGACCCCGGAGACGGGUACCGAGCCUGGGUGGCGCACUGGCUCGCCUUACUACGGCGCCCUCUUCCUCUCCGAAAUUACCUCUCCGGGUGGCAGCGUAGUUGUCGACCUCAACCUCAACAACUCGAUGACCUCGCCAAACGCCACUGCCGCCGCCUACGCCAUCUACGACAACGCCGGUACGACUCGCGGAAAACUGGCUCUCAUCAACUACGCCGAGGAGCCGCAGGAGUUCCGUCUUCCGUCCGGGAUUGCGAGUGGGCUCGAAUACCGACUCCUCGAAGCCCCAAGCGUUCUCGAGAGAACCAAUAUCUCAUGGGCCGGCCAGACCGUAGGCGACAACGGCAACCUCGAAGGUGACCAGCAUACCAUCGAGAUGAACUGUGAAGACGGCUGCCGAUUGAUCCUGCCAGGCCCUAGUGCAGCUCUGGUCGUUCUGGAUGAUGGUGCCAAGCUCUUCAAGGGCAAUUCGACGAUUGCGUCCAUUGGUGGAUAUAUUUCGGCGGCUAAAACGAACGGACCCCUCGUGGAGGCUUCAACUGUCCUCCUCGCAGGAGCCAUAUUCACAUUGUUCUUCUACUAA